AAACUGCACUGCCAACAUUGUUCGACCAGAGUAGGAAGUGGACUCAUUUACUUUCUGUCUUUAGAUCUAUACGUUAGAUUUUGGUUCUUGUUUCACAAAGAAAUAAAUGGACAUUAUGCUUUAUGUCAUUCUGCUGGUUGGCAUUCUGUGCAGCGCUCAUGUGUCCGGUUGUGAUAGAAACUGUGCAGAUAAACCUGUAUUCACUCCAUCCAGACUGGUAGUGAAGUAUGGUGACCCAGUCGCUGCCAACUGCUCUGUGUGUGAGAACUGUCUGGACUUAUUUGGUUUGGAAACACCUUUGGGAGAACAGAACCAAAACGGAACCACGAUUUCAUGGAAGGCUCCAAAAAUGAUUGAAUGGGACUUAGCUCCUUCGUGCUAUUAUACUAAAAACAAUUCUGAUGACCAGUGUUGUAGUACCCUGCCUAUAACUGUGUACCAGCCUCCAGAUAAUGUAUUGAUCAGGUUUGACGGUCACACUGGGCCGAUGUUUGAGGGUCGUUAUUACGCUCUGCUGUGUGAAGUCCAGAAAGUUGCUCCAAUUAAAAACCUCAUUGUGACCUUCUACAAAGGACAGACCGCACUGGAUAAACAGCCCAAUGACGGCACAGAUAAGAAACCAGUGACUAAGAUCUCCAUUUUCGACAUCAUCCCUAGUGAAGAAGAUGAUGGAGCACAGUACUGGUGUGAAGCUAAACUGGAGCUGGGACCUGAAGGACCACAGCCACCUCCAGUGGUGAUCUCACAAAAGAUCACUUCCUCUGUGCACUAUAAGCCUCGGCUUCAGGGGUCACCACAUUUUCAAAUUACCAUCAAAGCAGGAAGCCCUCUACUAUUGAACUGCUCGGCUUGGGGAAACCCGAGCCCCUCAUACAGCUGGACCCUACCAUCAGGUAGCCCUCACUCCUCCAGCAGCAACGUUCUCACUAUCGACUCUGUAGCUUCUGCUGAUGGAGGCCUGUACACCUGUUCUGUCAGCAACAGUAGAGGGACUAUCAAUGUGGAGUUUAACGUGACAGUCGAAGAAAUCAACAUCAUCCUUAUAAUUGGGAUAGUUGUUGUAUUCGUGGCUGUGGUUGCUGUCGGUGGAUUGUUUUAUUGGCGCUACCAAACGAAUGGGAAAAUUUGUUCAAGGCUGUUGCCUUGAUGGUUAGGAGUUGAAGUGAAGUAGCUGAGGGGUUAAAAAACAACCAUGAACCACAACAUUUCCUGUUUAAGUCUUUUAUUAUUCUAUGUUGCAUUUCUGUCACCCUCAUUUCUUGUCAUCUGCCAUAUUAUAGACCUAUCAAUGGAUUAUGUCACACCGCGGUGAGGUCAAGUUGGGUUUUUCUGUUUCUGUUUUUGCUUUAAUAUUAUUUUAACAUUGUUUUAUCGUUUAUUAUUGUUUUUUAUAUUGUUCUUUGUUUUAUGUCUUA